UCUAGUUUGUAAAGAAUCUGGAGAGCUAGGGCCAUCAAACUGAUCCAUAGUUAGUUGCUUCGAGAAUUAGCUCCCAGCCAUGAGGUUCUCCACUUUAAUGUUUGCGUGGGCUGCGGCGGUGCUGCUCGCCGUGGCCGCCAUCUCGGCGGUGGCGGACGCAUCGCCUCCGCCGUCCAAGUUUCUGAAGGUCGGGUUCUACAAGCACACGUGCCCGCAGGCCGAGGACAUCGUGCGCGAUGCCGUCCGCCGCGCCGUCGCCCGGAACCCCGGCUUCGCUCCUGGCCUCAUCCGCAUGCAUUUCCACGACUGCUUCGUCAGGGGUUGUGACGGCUCUUUGCUGAUCAACUCGACGCCGGGGAACAUCGCCGAGAAGGACUCGGUGGCGAAUAACCCUAGCAUGCGUGGCUUCGAGGUCAUCGACGACGCCAAGGCAGCCCUAGAGGCGAGCUGCCCGCGCACCGUCUCCUGUGCCGACGUGCUCGCCUUCGCGGCGCGCGACGGGGCAUACCUUGCCGGCGGCAUCAACUACCGUGUCCCAUCUGGCCGCCGUGAUGGCCGCAUGUCAAUUGCCGACGAGGUGCUCAACAACAACGUGCCGCCUCCAACUGAUGAGGUCGCGGAGCUCGUGGCCAGCUUCAAGCGCAAGGGACUCUCUGCAGAUGACAUGGUCACGCUCUCAGGUGCACACACCAUCGGUCGCUCUCACUGCUCCUCUUUCACGCAGCGUAUCCACAACUUUUCCGGCGAAGUCGGACGGACCGACCCGUCCAUUGACAAGUCCUACGCGGCGGAGCUUAGGCGACAAUGCCCUCCAUCGACGGACAACCCGAGCGACCUCACAACGGUGCCGCUGGACCCGAUCACACCCCGGGAGUUCGACAACCAGUACUUCAAGAACGUGCUGGCGCGCAAGGUGCCGCUCACCUCUGACCAAACGCUGCUCACUAGCCCCCAGACCGCCGGCAUCGUCGCGUUCCACGCCGCCGUGGAGAAGGCGUGGCGGGCCAAGUUCGCUGCCGCUAUGGUCAAGAUGGGCAAUGUCGAGGUGCUUACUGGUCACGAGGGGGAGAUAAGAGAGAAGUGCUUUGCCGUCAACCACCACUAGUCAAUCAUUCUACAACCAUUCCUAUGCAUAGCUAAUAUAAAUAUACAUAUGCUUGUGUGUACGUCAGUCGAAGUGUACGUAUGUUAUUUGUGUAUGUGAUGUCAUUUGUAAAGUGAUUUUCUUGUUA